UAUGCAUUCCAGAAUCGCGCUUUUGGCACUGACAUUUUUAGCCCUAUUCCUUCGACGUACAAACGCCAUGCAACAGCAGUCCACCCUGUCUCUCAACGCUCGCCCCCUCUGUCAUCAUCACAACCGCAAACCAAAUCCUCCCAAACAAUCCGCCAUGGACACAUUCCUUACCUCUGUUCGGCCACGCCUUGAGACCGAACCCGAGACUCAUGUCAUUCUCGUCACUGGGAAUGAAUCCGCCGAUCUUGACUCGAUUAUCUCGGCCUUGACGACCUCUUUCUUCCUCUCCCAUUUAAGUAACAACAAAAAUAAUAUCAUCCUCCCAUUCAUUAACAUUCCCCAAGCCGACCUCGUCCUUCGUUCAGACGUGGAAUUUGUCUUAUCAUCAUGCGAGGUCAACCAUGAUCUUCUCUUUUUCAGAGAUCACCUUCCUAUCUUUGAAUCCCUCCUGAAAAAAAACCGAGAUCAACUCUCGCUCUUCUUGGUCGAUCACAACAAACUGUCUAGUUCAUUAUCUUCUUUAAAAAAGGCAAAGGUCGUGGGCGUCCUUGAUCAUCACGCGGACGAAAAUCUCCACAAUGGCACCGCAGAUCCUCGAAGAAUUGAGCCCGUUGGAUCCUGUGCUUCCUUAGUCGCAGAUCAUUUCUUUCACAACGCUAUUGAUGCAGACCAAAAAGGAAGAGAUCGAUCCGAUUGUCAACAAAAGCAUGAUAAGAAAAAGGCAUCGGAUUGGCUUCGACAAGUCUCGCGUCUUUUACUAGGACCUAUCUUGAUUGAUACCAUGAACCUUGAUCCGCAAUACCAUAAAGCCAAGCCUCUCGACAUUGCGAUGGUCAAACUAAUCUUCCCAUACACAGGAUGGAAAGACAGGGAUCAUUUCUUCAAGAGAAUUUUAGAAGCCCGCCGUGACACCUCCAAGUUGUCAUACUAUGAUAUCUUGCGCAAGGAUUACAAGGAAUGGACAGUUGUUCAACAUGGCUCAGAUCACGAGAUCAAGGUCGGUAUCAGUAGUGCUACUGGUCUCAUGCAGAAAUUCGUUAAGCGUGAUACAAGGCAAGUGAUCCAACGGGCCAUCCGUCAGUGGGCCCAGAACCGAACGUUGGAUCUCUUCUUGGUCUUGAUGUCAGAUAGUGUUGGAGAUCAUGAUGAAUUUCAGCGCCAGAUGGCCAUUUAUCCUGUUUUGGAAUCCCUCAAAUCCUUCCCUGAGCAGAUGGAACAAAUUGAAGAUCUAAAGCUGGAAAGAACUGAUUUGAUCGAUACUCAUGAAUUUGUCGCUAAAGGCGGACGUGCUUAUUUCCAAUGGAAUAGCGCGCGUUCACGCAAGCAGAUCUGGCCCUAUGUUGAGAAAUUGUUGACUCAGCCUGCUGAUGCCCCAAUGCCAAAAUUUUGAAAGGGAUUUUUGAUCCAAACACUUUUGCUUCUGCUUUCCAUUAACUGCGAUUCCAUGCAUCCAUUAUAUUUAUCCAACUCCCU